CUAUCAUCUCCCUUGAUGUGAUGACACGGGCUCAAAAUUCCUCAAAUAAACAUCCACUCAGGUUUAUGUGGAGUUAGUAUGACCUGUUUAUGUUGUCCUCAUGAUUUUCCUCCGGGAUUUGAAAGGAGGCAGCAUCUUGGACAUGGACGAAAAGUCCGCCAGUAAAGAGUUGGACAUGUGGAUUGAACAGCUCAAUGAGUGCAAGCAACUGCGGGAAAAUCAAGUCCAAGAACUUUGUGAGAGGGCAAAGGAGAUUCUGGAAAAAGAGUCCAACGUGCAGGAGGUGAGAUGUCCGGUGACGGUUUGUGGAGAUGUUCAUGGUCAGUUUUAUGACCUGAUGGAGCUUUUCAAGAUUGGCGGGAAGUCCCCUGACACCAACUACCUCUUCAUGGGGGACUACGUGGACAGAGGUCAUUAUUCCGUGGAGACAGUGACCUUCCUUGUUUGUCUGAAGGUCAGAUUCCGUGAAAGAAUCACCAUCCUCAGAGGGAACCAUGAGACCAGACAGCUCACGCAUGUGUACGGCUUCUACGACGAGUGUUUGAUGAAAUACGGGAAUGCCAAUGUUUGGAAGUACUUUACUGACCUUUUCGAUUAUUUGCCCUUGACUGCUCUGGUCGAUAACCAGAUUUUGUGCCUGCAUGGAGGAUUGUCUCCUUCUAUAGUCACACUGGAAAACAUCCGGGCACUGGAUCGCUUGCAGGAGGUUCCUCACGAGGGUCCAAUGUGUGAUUUGUUAUGGUCCGAUCCAGAUGAGCACUGUGGAUGGGACAUCUCUCUCCGUGGCGCCGGUUACACCUUUGGGCAGGACAUCUCAGAGACUUUUAACCAUGCAAACGGCCUUACUUUGGUUUCACGAGCUCACCAGCUGGAAAUGGAGGGUUUUAACUGGUACCACGACAAAAAUGUCGUGACGAUCUUCAGCGCUCCGAACUAUUGUUAUCGUUGUGGAAACAAGGCAGCGAUCAUGGAACUUGAGGACACACUCAAAUGCACCUUCCAACAGUUUGACCCUGCACCCCGCAAAGGAGGGUCCCAAUUGUCUUGGAGAUGUCCAGACGAUUUCCUCUAAAGAUCUUGAGAUGGUGACCAUUAGUCAACAAAUGUGUGCCACCAUAUUGAUAAAGAACUGGAAGAAGGAAAAAGACUAUGCAAAACUAUUGUUAAUUAAGACCUUUGUAAAUAGCACUUAGGGCAUUGAUGGAGCGCUAUCAGAGAUCUGAAAUUAUCCUGUCCUUAGUGCAAUAUUUUAUUUUAUGUCAGACCGCAAUGGCAUCAGAUUUUGCAAACUCAGCAAAAUUACAAAUGGAAUCAACGGUGAGAAUAACUUCAUAGUUUCCAGGGAGUAAUGAAGAUGCCGAGAAAUACUUGAUUGAGCCAUGAAGCCAAAGGGGGGAGUGGGGGGGGGGUGAUGGUCGAUACAUAACUGCAUAUGAUGAAUUCACAGAUACCAUGCAGAUGUGGCUCGUGGGGUCUAUGAAUAGCGUGAGCGUCUCCAUCAGAGUAAUCUAAUUUGACACACGUGAAGCGUUAUAAUUUUUUGUCACGCAGUGAUGUGACCUCUUUUUGCAAAGGGAGACGAGUGGCAAAUUCAGCACCUCCGAAGUCAAAGUGGAACAGCAUGGACUUCUGCCAAUUUUCUGGGGAUGUGAAUGUGACUUCAAUUUGACCAAAAACGGUGAAAACAGACAUGUGAAAAAGAUUUCAUUCGUUGCGUGAACUUCUCAUUUUUUGUUAUAAAAAUGCAAAGUAGAUUUUGAGUUCUUUCUGAAAGCAUUCUGGACAUUGUUAAAAUUUUACUUACUACACUUUAGCAUUCCAAACGUUUUAUGAUAGUAACAUUUUGACCCAGAGACAAAUGUAU